CUGAUUAUACAGGGCAUUUUAUGUUGCCUUUAUCCUCCGUUGGAGAGGUGAGUGGGUGAUGUGGAGGAAGGUACGGUUGGGCGUACUCAUGUACGGACUAAGAACUAUCGAAUGUCGAAAUUUUGGGUCGAUGCAAUCCAUAGUUGCUAUGAGAUGGAGAAAGUGGGAGAGUGAGUCUGCCAUGAAUUGAGCCUACCCUUCGACCUGCUGCCUAGAAUAGAUACGAGUAGACAGAUGCACUGCAUAUACGGGCAUGGUUGCUCGACGUUUGAUCCCUCCGAGAUGAUCAACAGGCCUAUCCGCUCCGUCCUGGAGCCCUGUCGAUGGUUUCGCAAAGCCGGUGCGAACCACCCCCGGAGGGUUUAUAUCGUUCGACAUGGUUGGCUAAGGUUCCGAUGGAGUGGACACGUCAGAGAAGAUUACACUCGUGUCACCGAAUUGUGCACCACCCCGUCACAUGAUGUAGAAGCAGGAGGGGCAAGAAGCCACAGAAGCUGCGUAUUUGAGACAAGAAUCAUUUCACUACAUAUCUCAGCCUCGAGUGGUACACACAAGGACUGGGAGGGAGAAAAAGUACAGAGGGAGAGGGAGGAGAAAGAAGAGGAAAAACAGCCACGCCAAGUUACAGUAGAUACGAGAGUUAUUAGAGAGGAAAAAAAGGAGGCAUCCCACUUGAUCAUCGCCAAAAGAUUUGGUGGUAGUAGUAAGAAUCCAGGAAGGAGGAUGGUGUAUGUUGUUGCGGUGUGCUUUGAUGCACCUCUCCCCGGCUGCGGGAGGCGCCGAUUCCCGUUAAUACAAAAAUAAAAAGGUAAGGAAAAUGUCUUGUAAGAAGGGCGGCUUAAGUACCGCCUGCGAUAGAAGAGGUGUUUUGAAGGUGAAAGCCCCAGCCCACAGCAGGGUAUCAAAGAAGACUUUGGGCUUCGGUGCAGCCACUCAGCAGAACGCAGAAAUAUG